CCACGCGAAAGCACUCAACGCCUAGAGUAACGAAAUUAUCCCCCGAGAGAACAAUCAUGAUCAUAUUGCUAUCGAUUUUUUUCGCCAUCGCCCGGAUGACGACACUGGCCCUCAACUGUACCAGUUGUGACUCCAGAUUGGAUUGGACCGAUUGCUUGCAGCGCUCAACGGUUCAGAUUUGCAACAACGAAACCGCAUCCGGUCACAUUUUAGGUCAGUACUCUUCAACAACCAGUAGCCAUCCGACACUGGGAUGCUUUCAGUUGCAUAGCAAGAAUAUCCGGACGGGUGCAAAGCGAUUUCAGCAAGGUUGUACCAAUCAUGCGGACUUUUGCUCCAUACUGAACCCCAACUAUUUAACCGUGGAACAGUGCUCGCUUUGUCCGAAAGGAGACCCGGAUGUGUAUUGCCACAAGAGCAAGAACAAGAACACGCUCAUGGAUUUUGAUUUAUUUUUCGAUAAAAAGUUUGGCAAAUUGACAGCAACCAAAAGCACCACGCUGGAGAAUCAAAACGAAGAAACGACAUUAAGCUUGGAGACGACCCCAGCCCAGCAAACUUCUACGAUGACCACAGAGAUUUUAACGGAACAGGAAAGGCGAACCACAACUUUUCCGUCGCAACCGCCGACGGAAGGCUUAAGCAGGGCAACAAUGCCCACAAUUACUACUCCUGCUGCUACUACUACCACUUACCCAAAGACACAAACACCUGAGUCCAAUUUUGUGACGAUUUUGACGCAGCCAUCCUCACCAGAGAAUAACUCCCUGAAUAUCACUCCUAGAGCGACGCUUCUUGUAGUCGCAGUGACAGGGAUCACUUUUAUUCGAAAUUGGUGCCGAUAGUAAAAUCUAUAUCUGUCCAAAGAGUCUAAUUGAGACAGCGGACUUGGUUGGUAUAAAAAUUUAAUUACAGCGGACGCCCUUCUAACGCUUUUUCGAUUUUUUCCCCCAUGGGUUUGUCCUAUUUGAAUCUCUAUCAAACACCUAGCAUUGACGAACUUAGGUUAGAUUUACAACCAGGAUGGCGCGGGGAAUAAAAUGAUGAAAGAACCGAAUUUUCCUUCAAAUUUCCCGGAUUCAAAUAUUCUUUCCAUACUGAAAAGUUUACAAAAUCAUCAUUUACAACGUGUUAUGUAUAUUAUGAAGAAUGGCUUGGUAUAAGUGGUGUUACUUAAAUUUUUUCAACUAGGUAACCGAUAAGUACCAAGUGUACCAUGUAUUGAGCUAAAAAUACUGCGAAUCCUUCUCGUAUCCCCUACAUAAUAUCAGCCAACUUGAUAUGAUAUCGAUUUCAUUACAAUUAUCCACAGUAUUCAUAACCUGUAAAAAAAAUAAAAUGUUUGAUGAUUAUCUAUGACUUUGGACAA